AUGGAUCGAGUUCGACAGCGAUCAACGACUUUAGCACGAAGUGAUGACGAAACUUCCGUUCUAAGAAAACGAAUUACUACGUUCUUGCAAACGAAAGACGCCAUUUUGGAUCAUCUUGUGCGGAACAAGUUAUCAACAAUUGACGGCAACGGAACUGCAGAUGAAGUCUUUGUUACCGCCGAGAAAAUCGUCACAACAACCUGACGAACGAUGUAAAGAUAAAUUUGUCCUUUAAUUAACCUCAUGAUAAAUAUUCAAGAUAUUUCUGAGUAUUGUAAAGUUUGUAUACAGCUGUGGUUCUGGGGUUGCGACAGGGGGAAGGAUGCGUCUCAAAUGGUCCAAGUCGUAGCCGGCGCUGCACCGAGCAUGUCCGCUGCCGGAGAUGCAAAAUUUAGCAAAU